UAGUUCCACACUCUGCUAACAAUAAAGGCUGAGGCAGUUACUAGUGUCAGUAGUUGUCCUGUAUCUGAGUGCAGUGUUGUGCCAACGGCAGGAACAGAAAAGCAACCAUGGAUGAUGUAUAUAAAGCAGCGGUUGAAAACUUGACAGAGGAGCAGAAAAAUGAGUUCAAAGCUGCAUUUGACAUCUUCAUCCAGGAUGCAGAGGAUGGCUGCAUCAGUACCAAAGAAUUAGGAAAGGUGAUGAGAAUGCUGGGACAGAAUCCCACCCCUGAAGAGUUACAGGAGAUGAUUGAUGAGGUGGACGAGGAUGGCAGUGGGACAGUAGAUUUUGAUGAGUUCUUGGUUAUGAUGGUCCGCUGUAUGAAGGAGGAGAGCAAAGGAAAAUCAGAGGAGGAGCUGGCUGAACUUUUUCGCAUGUUUGACAAGAAUGGAGAUGGUUACAUAGACUUAGAAGAGCUGAAGGCCAUGCUGGAGUCCACUGGAGAGGCCAUCACUGAAGAUGACAUCGAAGAGUUGAUGAAGGAUGGAGACAAAAACAACGAUGGCAAAAUUGACUAUGACGAAUUCCUGGAGUUCAUGAAAGGUGUUGAGUAAAGGAUUCUGCUCGAGGCUUCGCAUUACAUCAUCUUCCAUCUUUUUGGCAAUAUUGGCAAUGUCAUCAAAAGCCCUUCAUGAAGAUAUCCCUCCACCAUUUAUACUUGAAAAAAGGUGACUGGAAGUCCAGUUGGCUUUUUUCAAGCUCCAGAAACUACCAUGACCUGGAUGACUGAGAACCUACACAGUCACUGCCAUUUAUCAGUUUUAUAAGGCGCUUGCCAGUUUUUCUUAUACUAUACCAUGAAGGCCU